AUGGCUCCAAAUGGUGGUGCCAUUUGGACGGAUCUGCAAAAGAUCCCUACUACAGAAUGCCUUGCGAAAAAUCCAUCCCUCCUACCCAUACCACUUCUGCCAGGUGAUUUUGUCCAUGUUGUGACUGCUGAACCUGGCCUCUCGCUUCAGCAUGCCGGCCAGCAGCCAAUCACCUGGACAACAAAGAUUAUU